CCAGGAGCCUCCCCGCGCCCCCCAGGCAGCGCGGGCGGCGAGGCGCCCCUGGCCCGCCGGGCUGGAGGCGGAUGGAGGGAGCCAAGCUCCGCGCUCGGCCGGGGCCCCUCUGCCGCCGAGAGAGGGCCGGUCCUGGCGGGGCGCGGGGGCGCGGCAGGCGCUGCCCCCGAGAUGCGGCGGCCCCCGCCCGCCCCUCCGAGCACCCUACCUGUGCCGGGCCCGCCGCCGCCCCUCCCCCGGCCCCGCCGCCGCCGCCCCCGCGGGGGCCGGGACUGAGCGCGCCGCGGCGCCGAGACACGGCCCCGAGAAGAGGGCGAGGGAGCGGGAGCAGUGCCGGCCGCGGCGCAUGAUGUGGGUGCCGCUGCUGGCGUGCCUCACCGCGGGGAUCGUCUCCGUGCCCAGGUGCCAGCGCGGCCCCGGAGCCUUCCUCGGGGCGGCCCGGCUGCUGGCGGCCGUGCCGGGACUCUGCCAGCGCUCGGAAAACAGAUGUGCCACUUCAAAUGCGGUAACAUGCACAAAGUGUCUUGCUUUGGGUCCAGAGUGUGGAUGGUGUGCUCAAGAGGAUUUCAUGGCUGGCACAACACAGAAGGGACGCUGUGACACUGUUUUCAACUUAAUGAAAAGAGGCUGCCAAUCAGAUCUGGUUGAAAACCCCACGGUUCAUGUCACAAUACCUAGUGACCAUGAAACAAAUACACAAGUGACACCAGGAAAAGUUUCAGUCCAACUGCGUCCAGGAAGUGAAGCAAACUUUAUGUUAAAAGUUCGUCCUUUAGAGAAAUACCCUGUGGAUCUUUACUAUUUAGUUGAUGUCUCAGCCUCUAUGCACAACAAUAUAGAAAAGUUAAAUUCCGUUGGAUUUGCUUUAUCUAAAAAGAUGGAGAAUAUUUCUCUUGAUUUUCGACUUGGAUUUGGAUCCUAUGUGGAUAAAACUGUAUCACCCUAUAUUAGCAUUCAUCCAGGUAGAAUCCAUAACCAGUGCAGUGAUUACAAUUUAGAUUGUAUGCCUCCUCAUGGUUAUAUUCAUGUGCUAUCCCUGACUGAAAAUAUAGCGGAAUUCAGAAAUGCAGUGAAUAAACAAAAAAUAUCUGGGAAUAUUGAUACACCUGAAGGGGGUUUUGAUGCGAUGCUCCAAGCAGCUGUGUGCCAGAGCCAUAUUGGAUGGCGUAAAGAAGCAAAGCGACUGCUUCUUGUGAUGACAGAUCAAACUUCCCAUCUGGCCCUUGACAGUAAAUUAGCAGGAAUUGUAAUUCCCCAUGAUGGAAACUGUCACUUGAAAGAUAAUGUGUACAUCAAAGCUACGAGUAUGGAGCAUCCAUCUCUUGGGCAGCUCUCUGAAAAAUUGAUUGACAAUAACAUCAAUGUUAUUUUUGCCGUUCAAGGAAGCCAGUUUCAUUGGUAUAAAGAUCUAUUACCUCUCUUGCCUGGUACUGUUGCAAGACAAAUAGAAUCACAAGCAGCUAAUCUCAAUGAUUUGGUGGUAGAAGCCUAUCAGAAACUAAUCUCUGAAGUGAAAAUUCAAGUGGAUAACCAGAUCCAAGGUCUUCAUUUCAAUAUCACUGCGAUCUGUCCUGAUGGAAGUAAAAAAACUGGCAUGGAAGGAUGUAAAAAUGUGGGAUAUAAUAAAGAAGUACUUUUCAAUGUAUCAGUUACAAUGAAAGGAUGUCAUACAAGUGGAGGAAGAAAAUAUGUCAUACUUAAGCCUAUUGGUUUCAAUGAAACUGCCAUUGUCAAUGUGCAGCAAAGCUGUGCCUGCCAGUAUGGAGACAGCACAGGGCACAAACGAGUGUGGGCUGAUGAAACUUCUCCUGACAGCAAACAGUCCCAGUGCAGUGACAGUAACUGUAGCCUUAACAGAGACUCGCUUCCCUCAGAGAAGUGCCGGCAACACCAGGACCAACCCAUCUGCAGUGGUCAAGGAAAUUGCAUAGAUGGAAAAUGUUUCUGCUACAAAAGCAAGCUAGGCAAGGUGUAUGGCAAGUACUGUGAAAUGGAUGAUUUUUCCUGCCCGUAUCACCAGGGAAACUUAUGUUCUGGUAAUGGUGAAUGUGAAGGUGGUAAAUGCAAAUGCUUUGCUGGCUGGGAAGGUGAUCGUUGUGAGUGCUCAUCACAAUCAGCAAAGCACUGCCUGAAUUCAAAGGGCCAAAUUUGCAGUGGAAGAGGAAAAUGUGUAUGUGGAAAGUGUGAGUGCACAGACCCAAGAAGCUUUGGCCGUUUCUGUGAAUAUUGCCCUACUUGUAACGAAGCCUGUGAAGAAAACUGGAACUGUGUUCAGUGCUAUCAUUCUAAUAAUGCAUCUCAAGUAAUACUUGACCAGUGCACAACCUCAUGCGCUUACCUACUGCAUUAUAUUGAUAAUACUUCAGAUUGUUUCUCUGGACGAAACUACUUUAGAGUCUUUUCCAUAAUCUUUAUAGUUACCUUUCUGAUCGGGUUGCUUGUUGUCCUUAUCAUCAGGCAGAUAAUUCUGCAGGGGAGUAGCAAUAAAGUUAAAUCUUCAUCUGAUUACAGAGUGUCUACAACAAAGAAGGAUAAGAUGUUUUUGCCUACAGUUUGUACAAGAACAGUAACAUACAGACGUGACAAACCAGAGGAAAUAAAUAUCGACAUCAGCAAGUUACGAUUAAACGAAACUUUCAAGUGUGAAUUCUGAAGACUGCAAAUGUCUAUUUCCAUCAUACUCGACUUCUAAGAAAUUACCUUUUGUACUCUGUGGGAGUCUUGACGGUUGCCAUAUGGUAUUGUGUUGUGCAUUUUGUUGAAUACUGUAACAAAGUGAUAUGUAAACAUAUUCACAUUAUGUGAUUAUGUUUGGAACUAUAGCUGCUGUAUUUUUUUAAACUUUUUUUGAAAGAGAAAUGUGCGUUACUACUGUUCAGAAACAUUAGUGUUGAUGUAGCACUUUAGCAUAUUCUAAUUUAUUUAGUUAUGGCCUAGAAUGUAGAUACAAACCAGUCUGACAAAGCACUGAUCUCACUCUACAUGUAGCUAGCACUGAUGUGCUCUGUGGGAAUGGACAAAAGCUGUGACUGAAGUAUUACCAUUGCUGUAUAUUAUAGCAAUAGAUGAAACUAUUAAAAUGCUCUUUAAUAGAGUAAAUGGUACUUUUAUAGUUCUCUCAGUUGACAGGUUCCACUAAUUUGUCUUCUUAUUCCUCUUAUCUUUUCCUCGUAAAAAUGAUGGGAUUAAAUGAGUGUUUAGUUCCUGGUGUAGGUGUAUGUUGUGUGUGUAUACAUACACAUAUGCAUGCACACACAGGUAAAUUAUAUAUUUAUAGGGUUUUUUGUAUGGAUGAUGUCACUUAAGGAUAAUUUAUAUCUGAUAAAGAGUGAUUUUAAGCUUUUUUACUUGUUUAAAUAUAACGCCCCCAUUUUAUACAAAAUUUAAGGUGUUUAGAAACUGAGUGGCUACAGAAAAUAAGAGUUGCUCUACCCAACAGCAUAGUCUACAUGAUGAUCACUGCCAGCAGACUACGCCUUUAGAGUCAACAGCAUCAAAUCCAUUGCAAAUAGAUAAAUUACACCGGAGCUGUGUUUGGUUUGCUAGCUACAUGUCAGUGUUUUGCCAAAUAAGGACUUGGAUCUUUUUGUAUGAUGUCAGGCAUAAGUCUGAUUUUACAUGUGCUCUUUUUCUCUAUGUAAAUUAGUUGAUGACAUUAGGUUUUCUAAGAUUUUUGUAACCACUUCAGUUUUUUGUGACUUGAGAAGUGUCAUUGAGAAGUGUGUCCAGUGUGUGAUGGAGAAAGGAACCUGCAAACUAGAAGAAAGUGAGGAAAAUAAGAGUAUUUUUCUCAAAACACAUUGACUUUUUAAAUAUGGAUCAGAUUCUGCCUUCAGAAAUGUGCAAAACUCUUCCAAACAUGGCAGGACCAGUAUAGGCUUAUCUGAGAGCAGAGUGGGAGCUACAAUGUCAAGCACAAGCAUCUUUUUUUUAACCCUGCAACCAGCUACAGUGGUAGAAAACAUGUUAUUGUUAUAUGCUUGUUGGAGGAGUCAGUCUGAUUUACUAACUCUAUGCUGCUGAAACCCUAUGAAAAUCUGAUCAACAACUGAUAGACUAAAACCUCGCUGGCAAAAAAAAAAAAUCAUCUCAGAAGACAGUGUAUAAUUUCACCAACAUUUAUUACUAAUACUAAAUACUGUCACUAUUUGUCAUAGUAAGAGUUACAGAAACAAAGCAGGACUUCCUUAUGUGCAGUCAUUAGAAAUUACUUGUAUUUCCUAUUCUAUAUUUCUUCUGUAAAUUCCCACUGAAACCUGAGGACUGUGAGGAUUGAAAGGAAGGCAGGGCGUAGAAAAAUGAUGAGUAUUUUAUGAGUGUUAAGUUUCUUGGGUAAUGGAUCAAGUGGGACUGAGAAAAAUAAUACACAGACAAUGGGCCUUUCAUUAGUCAUAAAAGCUUAGGGAUUGUUUUUUAAAAAAACGUGUAAAUUGGACUAUUAAAUGUUUUUAAAGCAGUCUCCGAAGUAGGUCCUGAGCUUUCUACCCCACAGGUAAAGUUAUCUCAUUUAACAAAAAGAGUGUUUCUUUACACUGACCCUGACUGUAGUGUUAGCUUAAUUGUAGAACCUUAGUUAUAGAUUAAUUCUGUAGUCUGCCAACUACACCUUAAACUCUCAUUUUCUUUUAAAGUGUGUAGGACCGUUUUCCUCCUGUGUAAAUUAAAAAAAUUCAAACAACUGGUUUUGGUGGGAUAAAGAUAAAAGAUUGAUAAAGGUUGACCUGCUGUUACCCUUGUCAGAAUUCAUGGCUAUUUGUGAGUGGGAAACAAUCUCUGAUUGUCUAUUUUAAUUAAAUUUUUAAAAUGCUUAGUGGAGUAUAUCUAAGUGUAUAAAAAAGAGGUUAAUUAUGUUCUUUAAACAGUGUGAUAAAACCUUUAAAAAAAAAAAGAUUCCUCAGAAUCUAUUUUCACCCCAUAAUGGCCUUUAAAGCAUGUUCUUAAGCAUUUACUGAAUUGAUAAAUAUAUUUUUUCAUUAGAAAUUCCUUUCACUGUUAGAGAGAGUUCAGUUUUGUGGGUAAGGGAUAAUGGAACUGGGUUCUUGGUGGAAGAAAGACUUGAGCUGUAAUACCCAUCUUCCAGACAUAUCACAUCACGCUGCCACUGCUUUUCUUCUGUAGCACUUCAUUGGACUGCUGCCUGUGAAGGGGCAUGGCCAGUAUUUCCUUAUCAGACACCUGCCUGAAUGUUUAAAAUGCUCUGAUCAAAAAGAGCAGGCUCACAGGACAAAUUGCACUGUAAGCUGCUUGCUGUCCUGAGAUUAAAAAAAUGUAUAUAAAUUAACAAAAAAAAAAAAGAGAGAAAAAAAAAAAGAAAAAAGUUUUCUUGCAUCUCCCUCAUGGUUUUGCUGUAUUGUGGAAGAGACUGCUGAAAGAAUAAGCUGCUGCUAAUGUGACAGGUCAAGGCUUUUAGAAGGCCCGUGGGGAGCUUAUACAGAGCAGGAUUCUUGGGAGGAGGCUUUGUUUCUAGGGAUGGAAUCUAUCCAUGAGAAACUCUGGCUUUGCUUGGUACUUGUUUCCCUCUGCCUUUGACCAUGUUUUUCAGAAGAGCUGCUGCAGGAGAUGAAUAGCUCAACAAAAGCCUCACUAUUUAGGGAGCUGUGUUCCCUCAGCACAUGACCUUAAAUGAGAAAGCAGCCUUUAAUUCAGAAGGAAUUUCUUCAGUGAUUGCAGAAGGACUGUGCUUCCUAUAGUGCUUAAUAUGGGAGAUAUUAAAGACAAAUUAGUUCAUAUUCGUUUUCAAUGUAUUGUGCGUCAAAGAUGUUCAUAAAAACAGGGGAAAAAAUAACUAACCGCAGAAUAGUGUUCCAAAGUUCUCAAAUAACGCUUCUUAUACUGGGCUUCUCAAAAAAAAUUAGAAAGUCAAAUAAUUCUACUGCAUGCUUAUAUCCAAAAAUAUACCAGCAGAUACUGCUGCGUCUCAUUAUUGGUUUGGGGAAUUGUUUUUAGACUUGGUCCCACAAAUGAAACAUGUUCAUGACUUUUCACAGCAUAUUUGUUACUGUUAAAAUCCAGAUGUAUACUUUUCAAUUCUAGUCCCCUUUUUUAAUCUUUGACCUGUUAUUUGCCUGAGACUUCAGAAAUGUCAUGUUUAUGUAAUUAAAAAGCAUGUAUUUAACUUCAGAUUUUUUGAGUACUAUAAAAUGAAGAAAUGCUAUGAAAUAGUUCUUUCCAAGCAUCAUGACUACACUAAUAAGAUUGCUGUAGAAGUGUGUGGGAAAAUAGCUGUUUCAUCCAGAAAACGUGCACAUGGUAUGCAAGGAAUUUUCAUUGUGCCCUGCUGAAAUUCCCUUACAUUUGCAAGGACGUUAAAAAUGAACCUUAAAAAGGAAGGAUGUUCGUAUGGGCAUAGUUUACAUUUUAGCUAUUAUUUACAACUGGACUUAUUUUUUCCUCUCUACGAUGUCAUGAAAACCUGCUAUGUAAAGCAUUCUUCUGACUGCAAUGGAAAAAUAUUAUUUUCCCAGUCUGAUCAUAUAUAAUAUUUAUUUCCUGCUUAGUGUGCAUGUUUUGCAAACCAUGGGAGUAAAUGUGUGUAACAGCUUCAAGCAACUCUCCAUCCUAAACUAGACAUAGAGUCUGGUGAUGCCCAGGGCAGAGACAUGCAAGGGCAUGGCUGCCUGUGUGGAGACUUCAAGAGGGACAGUGCUGGGGCUCCCCACAGCAUCCCUGCAGAAAUGGUGCUUUGAGAGCUCACUUCGCCUUUUGUCAGGGCGGGAAACCUCUUCAGAGUGGGUUUGCUUGGCAGUGGUGGUGCCCUAGGUUUGCAUCGCAGGCACUUGGCCCCAGACUGGGACUGCGUUGUGUGCAGUCUGAACCCUAAUGCUGCAGGCUUUUUGCAUCUUUACUCAUCAAAAAUGCCUGCACACAACCCAGCAAGGGACAGCCUGUACACGUGGAUGCUGCAGACCUCCAUUAAAGCUCCUGGGGAGCGUUUGGGCACCUGCCCAUUGACUUCCCACCAGCCCCUGGAUCUCCACCAGCCAGCCUUAAGGACUGUAAGCAGUGGCUGUAAAGAGCACUUCUCACAGAGGCAUUUGUGCUGAGUCAGUGCUGGGUGACUCCUACUCUGUCCCGACUUCAAGUGACACACGGUGACAAUGUCCUGGCUACCAUUUUGCAACAGAGGGGAAAGCAGAAAUGAAGCAAUACUUAAGAAAAACACUAAUUUUUAGUUCUGAUCAUGAGACUGCUCUGAUGCACAGGUAUCAGGUUGGCUUUUACAGAGAAUUGAAAUUCAUGGAGAGGGGGAAAAAAGGUUAAUGUUAAUCAACAGGAAUGCAUCUUUAUAGCAUGCCAAAUCAGUGGGGUUUCACUGAGAGCAAGCCAGCUCAGAAUGGUUGGCUUGUUGGGGGGGUAAGAAAAAGCCUUAAUUUCUAGAUACUUAAGCUUUCUGCUGUUCUGAAUUUCAUGUUCUCUUUGUUUCCUUUUCUAAACAUGCUUAAAAAAAGGUACCUAUUAAAAAAAAUUAAAUAUCUGGUGUUUGUUAAAAUAAUUCAUUCUAUCCAAGUUCUAACAUUUCAUCCUGAUACUAAUAUCAUAUUUGGACUGUUUCAGUUAUAUUUUGAAGGGAGAUGUUGAAAAAUGAGUCUUUUUCAGAGGCAUUAGUGUUGGAUGAAUUCACUGUGCUGACAUCUUCACUCUUACCUACUACUGCUUAAAAAUAAUGCUACUUUAAAGUGUCUUACUUAGCAAUUGUGUGACAGCUAUUAAUAAUACUACAGUUUUAAACUUUUUAUUUAACAUAUACUACCUUUUGUAAAAAUGAAAUAUAGAGAGAUAAAUAAUGUGUGUCUAGAUUUUAUGCAUAGAGAAUGUUAGUAAGGGAAGAGGUUUUUAAAUUUGAUAACUUCUUACUGCUCAUUUCACAUUUUAAAUGAUACUUUUAAAUCACUACUUUCAUUCAUCUGGAAAUAUACUGAAUAUUUUAUUAUUUAAAAUAGUAUACUUUUAUAGCUGUUUUAUUAAUUUCAGUUGACUACUAACUUUUAUUGUGAUAUUUAUUAAUGAGUUACUGUAGCAUAUUGAGAUGUUUAUUUUUCUAUCAGAGCUGUAACUACUAUGACAUAGCAUUAUUUUAAUGCAACAUCAUUGUACUUGCUCUCUAAAAAAUAAAAUCAAUAUUUAAUCUGUA